UAACUUUCAAACCAUUCGACUCUUCACUGAACAUUAAUUUUAUUCAAUUGAAGAAAUAAUGACUUUAAUUAAGUUUUGUCUUUCGCGUAAUUUUAAUAAAACUUUCUCAAUUAAAAAUUUGAGAUCAUUUUCAUCGUCUUCGGAAGGAAAAGAGCAAGAACGUGCCAAGAAAACAUCAUUAUUUGACUUUCAUGUUGCACGCGGUGGUAAAAUCGUCAACUUUGCUGGAUACUUGUUGCCAGUUCAAUAUGCUGAUCAAGGCAUAGCUCAAUCGCAUGUACACACAAGGACAGCGGGUUGCGCUUCAAUUUUUGAUGUUUCACAUAUGCUACAAACCUACAUAACUGGAAAAGAUGCCAUCGAAUGCUUUGAAAAUAUAACAACAGCGGAUAUUCAAGGACUGCCUAAGGGAAGUGGGUCUUUGACAGUGUUUACAAAUGAAAAAGCUGGAAUUCUUGAUGACUUGAUUGUCAAUCGAGUCAACUCAAAAUUCCUUUACAUUGUCUCAAAUGCUGCAAGAAAGGAACAUGACAGUCAAUUGAUUCUUGAUACCGUUGAUAGAUUUCGUGGAAAAGGUAAAGCCGUCGAUGUGAAAUUCUUCGAUCCAAUGGAACGAGCUUUGUUAGCUUUUCAAGGGUCAGCAGCUGCUAAAGUCCUACAAGAACUGACAAAUGUUAAUCUCAGUGAGUUAUUUUUCAUGAACACAAUCGAAGCAGAAGUUGCUGGUGUUAAAGACUGCAGAAUAACUCGAUGUGGUUACACUGGUGAAGAUGGAUUUGAAAUCUCCAUUCCAGCUGAUAAAGGAAGAUUCAUUACUGAAGUUUUACUUGACUCGAAAGCUGGAAAUGUUAAACUUGCUGGUUUAGGAGCGAGGGAUUCGUUGAGACUCGAAGCAGGUUUAUGUCUCUAUGGCAAUGACAUUGACGAAUCAACAACUCCCAUUGAAGCUGGUCUUGCUUGGCUAGUCGCUAAACGUCGACGAACUGAAAAAGAUUUUCCAGGUGCUCAAACAGUUUUAAAUCAACUACAAAAUGGUUGCACAAAACGAAGAGUUGGAAUUGUUCUCAAGUCGGGACCACCAGCACGACAUGGUGUGGAAAUUUUCGUCAAUGGAAACAAAGUUGGAACUGUCACAAGUGGUUGUCCAUCGCCAGUGUUGAACUUUAAUAUUUCCAUGGGCUAUGUACAAGAAGAAUACAAAAAGCCAGGAACCAAAGUCGAUCUUAAAAUCCGCGAUAAACUCUACAAUGCUGAAAUCUCAAAAAUGCCAUUUGUUCCAUCAAAUUACUACCAGAAGCCAAAGUCAUAAAUUUUUUUCCGACGAAUUUUAUGUAGUUUGAUAAGGAAUGCGAGAAAUUUUUCGUAAGCUCUCGUUUUCGACUUUUUCAUGGUCAUUAAACUUCAUCAAGAUGCUUUGUGAGCUUCGUUUUCUCAUGUUCCGUUUAAUUAAAAUAAAUUAGUUUGUAAAAAUAUUUCUACUGUUGUGUGUGAAACAGGAAAAGAAAGAUGAGAACCUUAGGAGAGGAAGGGAAGUUAUUUUAAUCUUGUAAGAAAAUUUGAUAAAUUUUUUAUGUUAGUUAAAUUUCUUAAACUUCAAACCAACUCAUGGUCGAUAAAAUUUGUUAUUCUUUAAAUUAAAUAAACGUUUGAAAGUGA